AAUUAUUAAUCACAAUUUAUAAUAUCAAACUGUUAUGAUAUAUUCAGCAAUAAUUACUAUAUUAUCAUGCUCACUUUAUCUAGUGGGCAGCGAACCGCCAUAUUUAGCAAACACCAUACUUGAGCAACAAAAUACGGCAUCCGGAAAUGCACCUAGUACCGAUCACGGUGGUCAACCACCAUUUAAAUACCCUUUCUCAUUCGCGCAUACGUCUAACUUCUCGGGUGGUUGGGCCAGACAGGUAACUGUCCGUGCUCUGCCUAUAGCCAAACAAAUGGCCGGGGUGCAAAUGAGAUUGACCAUGGGUGGUGUCCGGGAGUUGCAUUGGCAUACGUGCGCCGAGUGGGGGUACGUAUUGUCCGGUACUUGUCGUGUAACUGUCGUUGACCUAAGAGGUCAGUCGUAUGUUGAAGAUGUUGGCGAGUUUGACAUAUGGCUGUUCCCCGGUGGUAUACCGCACUCUAUUCAGGGUAUUGGCGAUGACGGGUGCUUUUUUCUAUUAGUAUUUGACGAUGGUAACUUCAGCGCGUACGAGACCUUUUUACUAACCGACUGGAUGAGGCACAUACCCUUGGACAUUUUAGCCAAAAACUUCCAGGUACCAGCAUCUACAUUCGCUAAUAUACCGCGCGAUGAGCAGUACAUAUUUGCCGCAAAACUACCCCGGGAACUCGAGUACGAACGGCAGCAUGCUGCAAACGGGACAGGCUACUCGCAAAGUCCCUACGCGUAUUUCUCGUCCAAAAUGACCCCGAACAUAACUAGGCAAGGUGGAUUCGUAAAGUUAAUUGAUAAGGAUAACUUCCCGGUCACCACAAUGGCCUCGGCUAUAGUUACCCUGAAACCGGGUGCGCUCCGGGAGCUCCACUGGCACCUCAACGGCGACGAGUGGAACUACUUCGUGAAGGGCAGGGCUCGGAUGGGUGUGUUCGCGUCGGGCGGUAAGGCCCGGACAAUGAACUUCCAGGAGGGGGACGUCGGGUAUGUGCCGAAGGAUUAUCCGCAUUAUAUCGAGAACAUAGGCGACACGGAUGUGGUGUUUGUAGAGGUGUUCGCCGACACCCACUUUCAGGAUAUAUCGCUGGCCCAGUGGUUGGGGCACACACCUACUAGACCGGCAUACUUAUUUAACUCUAACCUGGACAAACAAAAUCCAUCAUCGCAGUUUGCACCGAAAACUGACGCGGGUGGUCAACCGCCAUUUAAAUACCCUUUCUCAUUUGCGCACACCGGCAACUACACGGGUGGUUGGACUAGACAGGUGACUGUCCGGGACCUACCCGUAGCCAAGCAACUGGCCGGGGUGCAAAUGAAAUUGAUCAAGGGCGGUGUGCGGGAGUUGCAUUGGCACGCCUGCUCCGAGUGGGCGUUCAUGCUAUCGGGCACCUGUCGUAUAACCGCUAUUGAUAUUCAGGGUAAUGCCUUUGUGGAGGAUGUCAAGGAGGAUGAUAUUUGGCUAUUCCCCGGUGGUAUACCCCACUCCAUUCAAGGUGUGGGCGAUGACGGCUGCUUUUUUCUACUGGUAUUUGACGAUGGUAACUUCAACGAGUUCGAGACCUUUCUACUAACGGACUGGAUGAAGCACAUACCCGUGGACAUACUAGCCAAAAACUUUCAAGUACCCGUAUCGACAUUCGCCAAUCUCACCCACGACGAAAUGUACAUAUUUGCCUCGCAACUACCCCGGGCACUGGAGGACGAAAAAAAGCAAGCUGCAAACGGAACUGGCUACGUCAAAAGUCCGUACGCAUAUUUCGCAUCUAGCAUGGCACCAAAUGUAACUAGGACAGGUGGACUGGUAAAGGUGGUCGACCAACGUAACUUUCCGGUGGCCACAAUGUCCUCGGCCAUAGUGACCCUGAAACCGGGUGCCCUCCGGGAGCUCCACUGGCACCCCAACGGCGACGAGUGGAACUACUUCGUGAAGGGCAGGGCCCGGAUGGGUGUGUUCGCCGCGGGGGGUAAGGCCCGGACGAUGAACUUCGAGGAGGGGGACGUCGGCUAUAUCGAGAAGGAUUUGCCCCAUUAUAUCGAAAACAUUGGGGACACGGAUGUGGUGUUUGUGGAGGUGUUCGCCACCCCUCACUUUCAUGAUGUGUCACUGGCCCAGUGGCUGGCGCACACCCCUACCAGACUGGUCGACGAGCACCUACAUCUCGGCGAAAAGUUUUUGGAGUCGAUCCCCAAGGAUGAGCGUACGCUUAGACCGUAGGGGUUAAUAGGGGGCUGUGAUGUGUACCUACAGCUGUACGUACUCUAUUAAUGGAUCAUUUUAAAUCAUUAAUUUACUCACUUAUGACGUGUAAUGGAC